ACUUUAGCUUAACAUUGCACAAAAUAUGAGAUUUUUUCCCACUGUAAUUAUCAGCCAUAUUCCUACAAACAGCCUGGUCUCAAAGCAUCACUGCAGGUAUUUCUGUUUCUAUUUUCUUUUAAUCUAAAACCUUUUUGAAGGAUUUUACAGAAUUACACAUUUUAUUGAGUCCUGGAAAUGCUUGGUUUAAUGAAGGACCUUCAGGUAAAAAUACAAUUCAUUAUUUUAUUCUUAUUGCAAAUGUCUCAAGACCUGAUCCUGGGUCAGCUCCACUAUAUGAUCCCUGAGGAAUCCAAACAUGGAACCUUUGUUGGAAGACUUGUCCAGGACUUGGGUCUGGAAAUAGGGGAGAUAAAUUCCAGAAUGCUACGAAUUGUAUCCAGGGAUGAAAAGGAAUAUUUUCAGGUAAAUCUGCAGAAUGGGAUCUUGUUUGUCAAAGAUAUGGUUGACAGAGAAGUUCUGUGUCCAACUAUACCUGUUUGUGUUGUAUCCUUGCAAGUUAUUGUGGAUAAACCUGUUCAAAUAUACCAUGUGGAUGUAGAAAUUGAAGAUAUUAAUGAUAAUUGUCCUGUUUUCUCUGCUAAAGAAUACAGCAUGUCAAUAGCAGAAUCAAGACUGCCAGGGGCACGCUUUCCACUAGAGGGAGCUUUUGAUUCUGAUGUUGGGACUAACUCUAUCACAAGCUAUGAGCUCAGUACAAAUGAUUAUUUUACACUUGAGUUUCCAAAAUAUAUACACCAAAUACGAUCUGUAGAACUAGUUUUGAAAAAAUCCCUUGAUAGGGAAAAAAUAUCUGUUCACAAUUUGACACUUGUAGCUUUUGAUGGUGGUAAACCAAGAUUUAAUGACACCACUCAACUUGUCAUCAAUGUCGAUGAUGCAAAUGAUAAUGCUCCAACUUUUAAUCAAUCAUUUUACCAAUGCAGAGUGACUGAACAUGUUGCAAAAGGAACUCUAGUAAUUAAGCUAAAUGCUACGGAUAUGGACCAAGGGAAAAAUGGAAAAAUAUCAUAUGUAUUUAGCAAACUUGUGCCUUUGCACGUGGUAUCAAUAUUUAACUUGGGUCAGACCUCUGGGGAAAUCAGAGUAAAUGGAGAGUUGGAUUACGAGGACAACAAUGUUUAUGAAAUCCAUGUUGAUGCUGUUGAUCAUGGGGAACCACAGCUAACAGGGCACUGUAAAAUUGUAGUGAGCGUGGUUGAUAUAAAUGACAACCCUCCUGAAAUGACAUUGACUUCACUUUCUGUGCCUGUUCCUGAGGAUGCACCACAAGGGACAAUUGUUGCAAUUAUCAGUGUACAUGACAAGGAUUCUGGAAAAAAUGGAAAGGUGAACUGCCGUAUCCUACAACCAUCUCCUUUCAAAAUAAAUCCUGCAUUAAAGGGAGAUUUUUCUGUUAUAGUGAAUACAGAACUAGACCGGGAGACGCAAUCAGAGUAUGAAAUUGUUAUCACAGCAGAAGAUGAAGGCUUUCCUCCUCUGUCUUCUUCACAAACUAUUAAAGUUGUUCUAAGUGAUGUAAAUGAUAAUGUUCCACUAUUUUUGGAGCCUGUGAGCACAAUUUUUAUCAAGGAAAAUAAUCCACCGGGUUUUCAUGUCUACACCGCAUCAGCUUCUGAUUCAGAUAUCAACCAGAAUUCCUUCAUAACAUAUUCUAUUAUUGAAAGUACAAUUGGUGGGAUCCCUUUAUCUUCAUACAUAUCUAUUAAUGCAGAUAAUGGAAAUGUAUUUGCUUUGGUGUCAUUUGACCAUGAGCAAGUAACGUAUUUUCAGUGCCACAUCAAAGCUACUGAUGCAGGUUUUUCACCCUUAAGCAGCAAUCUGACAUUAAAUAUCUUUAUUUUAGAUGUAAAUGACAAUCCACCAGCAUUUGUAUCACACUUUUCUAGUGAUAUAUCUGCAGUAAAAAUUACUACGUCAACAACAGCUCAGCCUGGUCAGUUAGUAUCCAAGGUAAAAGCAGUUGACCUAGAUUCUGGAUACAACGCUUGGAUUUCAUAUAAAUUUAAGGACCUACCAGUGGAUACACCAUUUGGCAUCUCUGCCCAUACUGGAGAAAUAACUCUCAUGCGUGCCUAUACUGAGUCAGAUAGUAAUGUAUACAAAAUGGCGGUGGUGGCUCAGGACCAUGGAGAGCCACCAAUGACAGCAGUGACUCAGCUAUUGAUUACGUUUGUGAAUUCUGGAGAAGGCGUCAAAAUAGAAAAUUAUUAUCACUUACGAAAAAAUGAAAAUGAAUUUUCUGAAGAAAAUAUUUAUCUAAUAAUAUCCAUUUGUGCAAUUUCAAGCAUAUUUCUUGUUACCCUUAUUUCCUUCACUGUACUAAGAUGGCAAAAGUACAAAGAUGAGGUCAAUGAACUAAGAGAAAACUACAGGAUCUAUUCAGACACAGUUGGGAGUUGGGUGUAUUCUCAGCAAAGCCAAUGUAAGUUCUACUUAAAUUCAACUCAAGCAAAAAAUGACUUAAUAGUUUUUACCCCAAACGGUGUUCAAUCAUCAGUGAGUGAAGAUAAUAACUCCACUGGUCACGGGAUAAUCCAAAAUCUUUUAUAUCAGCCUAAACAUCCUCACCCUGAUUGGCGAUACUCUGCAUCACUAAGAGCUGCAAUGCAAGGUGCUGUGCACGUGGAAGGAGCAGCGAUUUUACGCGGAGGACCUGUUGGAUUGGAACAGCAGUGGCCAACAGUGUCAAGUGCCACACCAGAACCUGAAGGAGGCGAAGUCUCUCCUCCAGUCGGGGCUGGCGUGAACUGUAACAGCUGGACCUUCAAAUAUGGACCGGGCAAUCAAAAGCAACCAGUGCCACAAAUCCCCCCUGAUUUUCCAGAAAAUUUCAUCAUCCCUGGAUCGCCAGCCAUAAUUUCUAUACGUCAGGAUCAGCCGUCUAAUCAAGGUCAAAAAAGUAACUUCAUAACCUUUGGUAAGAAGGAAGAAACAAAGAAAAAAAAGAAAAAGAAGAAGGGGAGCAAGAAUCAAGAAAAGGGAAAUAAUGCGGUGGAUAACAACGAUCAAUGAGAGGAUACUGAAGCCAAUUCUUUACCCAUUUUUUGUAUGAAAUAAUGUAGCAACUUGUAAUUUCUUCCUACUGUUAUUGCACCUUCCUAUGAAAAAAAAAGACUUUUAACAUUCAAGCCUGAAAACCUAUACAGUCUGUCUAUAUCAUUUACCAGAUUACAUCUCAAAGCUUUACUCUGUGAAAUGUUAGUCGCACCCAGCAGCUGUCUCACAUCCAAAGAACACAGAUACAAUGUGCGCACAUGCUAUAGUAGGUGACUGUUAAGGACAAUGUCUCUGUAAAUAGAUGGUGUGUGUAUAGUACAGAAUGAUUGAUCGUGAUGAGGCAUCUAUACUCACGAGGUAGCAAUUAUGCAUGGAUUACAGCCACUUUACUUGGGUGGUGUAUCUGUGCAGAUAUCAGGUAAAGGAGAUUCCACAAAGGACUAAUAAGUAGAAACAUCCAAAAAAUGAAAAA